AGGCGGCCCACAGGCUCGCCCGGCCCCUGGGAGGCGCCUGGCAAGGCCCGCCCGGCUGCGAGGCCUCGGCCCCGCCUGGCCGUGGAGACCGGCUCUGCGGCGACUCGGGCGGCAGAUGCAAUGGCACCAAGAAGGAAAGAGAAAUACAAGCUUCCGGUUCCACUUCCAGAAGGCAAAAUUCUGGAUGAUAUGGAAGGAAACCAUUGGGCACUGGGCAAGAUGAUCGGCUCCGGAGGGUUUGGGCUGAUAUACUUAGCUUUCCCCACAAAUAAACCAAACAAAGAUGCAAGACAUGUCAUAAAAGUGGAAUAUCAAGAAAAUGGCCCAUUAUUUUCAGAGCUUAAAUUUUACCAGAGAGCUGCAAAAAGAGAAUGUAUCCAAAAGUGGGUACAACAGAGGAAACUUGAUUAUUUAGGAGUUCCUAUAUUUUAUGGAUUUGGUCUGACUGAUUUCAAAGGAAGAAGUUACAGAUUCAUGGUAAUGGAAAGACUUGGAAUAGAUUUACAGAAACUCCUGGACCAGAAUGGUGUUUUUAAAAAGUUAACUGUCCUGCAACUUGGAAUCAGGAUGCUGGAUGUGCUGGAAUAUAUACAUGAAAAUGAAUAUGUUCAUGGUGAUAUAAAAGCAGCAAAUCUACUGUUGGGUUACACAAAUCCAGAUCGGGUUUAUCUUGCAGACUAUGGACUUUCCUAUAGAUAUCGCCCCAAUGGGAACCACAAACAGUAUCAGGAAGAUCCCAGAAAGAGCCAUAAUGGGACAAUCGAGUUUACAAGUUUGGAUGCACACAAAGGAGUGGCCCCUUCCAGGAGGAGUGAUGUUGAGAUCCUGGGUUACUGCAUGCUGCGCUGGCUUUGUGGGAAGCUGCCUUGGGAAACAAAGCUGGAGGACCCUGUGGCUGUCCAGACUGCUAAAACCAACCUGCUGGAUGAACUCCCAGAGUCAGUGCUUAAGUGGGCUCCUUCUGGAAGCAGUUGCAGUGAACUUGUCAAGUUCUUGAUGUAUGUUCAUAAUUUAGCUUAUGAUGACAAGCCAGACUAUCAGAAGCUCAAGAAAAUUCUGAAUCCAGAUGGAGUACCUUUGGGGCCACUGGAAUUUUCCACUAGAGCACAGAGUGUCAAUGUGAGGACUCCAACCCAUCAAAAAGUUGAUUCACCAAAGGCUACAAGGAAGCCAGCCAAUGAGUUCCAAGCUAAGUUCACAAGGAAAGUCUGCAGCAAGACAAGAGCAGUGCGGAGGGAGGAGAAGGAAGAGAGCCAGCCCACAGUGCUGCUGAGCAGGGCAGCAGCACCGGAAAACUCAAGGACAAGGAAAAUACAUGAGUAUACUGAUAUUUUCAGUGAAAUGCAGAGUCUUCGACAGACACCCAGCUAUACAAGUUUCCAAGGUUCAUAUUGUAAGCCCUAUCUGGACUGCACCAGUAGAGAUCCAAUCAGGAAGCCAAGAUCCCUGCCUCAGUACAGAUACACGCCCACAGGGAAUCUGGGAGUUACAGACUUGGAAAGUUCUCCAAGGUUUUGGCCUACAGGUUUUCAGUUGAGUCUGAGUGAAGAGACAAAGGCAGACGUGUAUUACUAUGGAUUCACUAUAAUCUGCCUGGUGAUAUUAGUAUUUCUAGCUUUGUAUUUUCUCUGAAGUCAUCAAAUAAAUUGGUUUUUGCUUUUGUUUUUAUUUUUAAA